UACGGAUUCAUGUUGGAAUUCAAUACAAGUUUCGAUAAUGAGAGCUCAUGUGUUUUAUAAGAUAUUGCGCAUAUUCUGAUAAGCACGGUUCGUUCAAACCCAUCUAACGGUGCGUACCAAUAAAACAUAUGUUUUAAUUCGCAAAUUCCGGAUUGUACGGAUAGAUAGAACGAUCAAGGAAGUAGUACAGUUGAGUGUUGCUGCGAGAUAUAAGAACGAUUAAAAUGCCCUUUGAUUUCAUCAGAUGUAUGACGUAUUUUGGUAAUUGUUAUUGAUAGAUUGACUUCCGCAAAUACGUAUAAUGUGCUGAAUCAACAAUUGCCGUAGAACGAAAGUAGGUCUAUGCACGUAAAUCCGGAAUGGAAGCAAUUCAAAUAACGUCGUAGUGUUAAAAUAUAUUACAAAUGAAGACGUGAUUCGCUGUUUCUCGUCUCAAACAUCCUUAAUUAUGGUGACAAAUAUAUAAAGAAUUAACUCUUUUCCCUGACCAUCAGUGUUUUAGCCGAGUGAACAUGUAAGUGGACGUACCGGUAUGCGAAAAGGACAUUUUCAUACGGAAGAAUAACGCAAUUAGUUAAGAGGGACGUCCACAGCUGACUAUGGCAGGCGAGGUAUUUGAAACUAACACGUGAACAUUCCACAGCACUUAACACCAAAAUAUUUAAAACCCGCGUUCACCAGAACAGGCUCUUUAGUAUAAACGCGGCAUGUUCCCUUCCCAAUAAGAUAAUGUCGAAACAACCACCUUUUAAUGAAAAGACGGCGAGUAACAAUGCUGCAUCAACAACACAAAAACUUCAGAUACUCUCUCCCAUAAGCUUGAUCAAUCCAACACGAAAACAGUCAACCGAACAACAUGAUGUCAAACAAACGGAAAUUAAUGCGAUCACAAAUGACGGGGUCGAAUUGCUUAAUAUCAACUCGAGCUUUUCAGCUACCGAUAACAGUCGUUGCCUCAAAGUACAUCGCAAACUUGGUGCCAUUGAAAAUAUGUAUUUCCAGUACUCGAAACAGGGAGCGGAAACCAUUUGCCUCAUGUUCCAACUGAAAACUGAUUACAACAUAACACCGAAUCUGGCAGAGCUUGCUUUCAUACUUUUGAACAAAAGACACCCUCUGUUGAGGUCCUCAAUUACCACAGUACUUGGACCCCCGAACUUGAAUCAAUACAAUUUAGUCCAGGUCACGCCAGCAUUCUACGAUUUUCUGGUCGUGAAAAGAGGGAAAUGGUUGGACGUUUUACUCGAUGAAGCAGCCGUGAAAUUUGACGACAGGCGGUUUCCACUUUUUAGAUGUAGAUUAUUGAUUUCUAAGGAAGAUACAGAGAACAGACCCAAGGAAUCAACAUCACCAGGGGACAAACCAUUCACUUCCCGGUUCUUGUUUAUCGCGCAUCACUCAGUCAUGGAUGGAGGUUACAUCAUGUGGGUUUUUCAGGAUUUCGUAACUUUCAUGGACGCCAUCGCAACUGAACGCAAUAUCUCGACAAUACCCGAGUUGCCAUUUCUCCCUCAGGUAGAAAGCGUGUUAACUUUUCCUUCAGCCAUUGAAAGUGCAAUACUUACCAAUAACGAAUCAUCUUAUCAAACAUCAUUUUCAAUUAAAGUCUGUGACGAUGCGUCCAAUUCUCAAGUUCUUCUGGACUACAAUAAAAAAUUCGCUGAUAAUAUCCAGACUUUUAGUUCAGAACCGAGAAACGGUUGCCUUACUUUCAAAAUGUCUGAGUCAGAAACUCUGGCAUUUUCGAAAGCUUGUCGUAGCCACGGAUGCAAACCAAAAGGUCCGCUUGUAACUGCCAGCAUCAUGGCAUUACUAGAACUAAUUUAUGGCCAAUUUGGGGAUGUGGAGAUACCACUGGAGUAUAUUGUAGACUUCCGGCGCUUCUGCAACUUCCCUGCCCUCGGUACGGAGGUCCCAAACUUCACCGGCGUCGCCGCGCUCCAUGUCCCAAUGCUCGCGACAUUUCGGCGUCAAACGGGACCGGUUUCUGGACAAGAAUUUUGGGAUAUUUCAAAAAUCGUCGAAGAUUUUCUCGUGACGAGCAUAAGCUCUCGUAGGACCUACGAUUUUUUGCAAUCGAUUAUCCAACGCGAUAGAGAAAACUCUAUUCCAACCACAGAAAAGGGUAAAGCGCCCUAUGUGUUGAGUAUUUCAAACAUGGGGAUAUGCGAUGCAGGCCUAAAUGCGGAUCUUAGGCAACGAGUGCAUUUGGCGGAUCUUCACGGUCAUUCUACGGUUCUUGUGGAUGACAUGCCUCUGUUUUUCAUGACAACGUUCCUUGUGAACAACCAGUUGUGUGGCAACUCGAGUUACUGCCAGGAAUACACGUCAAAAACCACCUGCGAACAGUUCAUCAAUAUGUUCAGAAAAUACCUGACCAUACAUUCAAAACUUUGAUAAUGUUUAUUCUUUUUCGUCUAAUUGGUUUAGAUUUUUAUGUUUUUGGAUAUCAAAUUCCGUUUUUUAAAGAUAUAUACUUUCAAAUAGAUUUUUUUGGAUAUCAAUUUUUUUUUUUAAACGUAUAGUUGCAAAUAGGUUUUUUUGGAUAUCAAAUUCUCUUUUUAAAAGAUGUAUACUUGCAAAUAGAAACCUCAUGGUGUGUCUCAUAUUCAACUAUAAACUUUUAAUCAAUAUUAUUUAGAAAUGUGUUCCGUACGAUAUUCUUCAUUUAUUGUUCAAUCAAUUUUCACGUAUAACACAGAACAGCUCCAAUACACAAAGCUGGCUGUCGACACAUUUCCUAUUUUUUACAUGUUAAGUAUGGGGACUUUUUAAGUUUAACGUAUAGCAAAAUGACAAUAAUUAAACAAAAUACAUGUAUGCAUGAUAUUCAAACAUGCAGCACAUCAUUAUUAAGAAACAUAUAAAAGCGAUUUCCGAUUUAAAUAUAUAUAUCAAAAUCGGAAAGAAUAAAGCGUUUGCAAUGUUUUUCACAACAAUUGUUUCGAACACAAAGUUUAAAGCAAAAUCUCAUUGAAAAUAACUCAGUGAUGCAGUGGUAGCGCAAUUUUUUUUCUCCGACAGAUCCCGGGUUCGAACCAUAAUUGUUUUCUCCUUGAUCGUAGCAAAUGCAUUAAGUUACAUUAAAACAAAUGCUCAAAUAUUUGAACACGUCCCUUUUUACUUUUACAAUAAUAUUAAUAUUUUCUUGUUAAGUCACUUCUUCAUUUAGAAAAUAUUUUGAUAUCAGAAACAGUAUAAAUGCUCUUCAGCUGGAGGUGCAAAUGUGUUGCUUACUCAUGUUAGUUAACAAAAGUAUAUUAUAAAUCGGACGGCUCGAAUUCUCGAUGGCUCGAACUAUUGUUGUCGGUCCCGGCGAGUUCGAGCCAUCGGGUUGCGACUGUACAUUCCACAACAGGUACAGUUCUACGCUUAUUAUAAAGAGAGCCGAGGUACAAACGCUUUAAUGCACGUAUUAUUGUUAUCGCUCCAAUUUAUACAAAUAAAAUUGAUGACAAUUUCAUACUUAAACAUGACAGAAGAAAAAAAUCUAUUAUAAAGCUCCCCCACGCUUAUCUCAAAAUUCACUGUCUGCACUAAAAUAAUUGACUUGCGAAAACGACAUAUUGAUUCGGAAGACGUAUAGACCCUUUCAGUUAUUCCUGUUUUUAAUUAUCUCCCGUGUGUGACGUCAUUCGAGGAUUUUCGAGUGAAUCGAGAGUUGGUGUUCGUCAGUGAUUCCAUACGUCUGAACGAGUGUUACUAGAUUACCGUAUAAUGUUGAUACGACCAGCGCCACACCAUCAAUAAAACAAAGAUAAUGAUUUUUUAAAAGGGGGACAAAAUAGAAAAAAUUUGAAGUUUAGACCCGGGGGGAUAACUUCACAAAUUUUAGGGUAGGGGUGUCCCGACGAGACUUCCGAAAUGUGACCCAUUUUUAUACCGGAACUCUAAUAAAGUUGACCCAUUUUGAUACAAGAAUUUUGAAAAAGCAGACCCAUAUGUAUAAAAUACCAUUGAGAAAGUGGACCCAUUUCAAUACAAUAAUUUUGAUAAACUGGACCCAUUCAAUUCCACACAUAAUCAAAAUUUUCUACUAAACAUAUAUUAGAUCUAUUAUCACAAUGACAGAGUAUAAUUCCGUGUACACAUGUAACGUUAGCGUAAUUCCGAUAUAAUUUUCAUAAAUAAUUUGCAGUAACUGCACUUAUCCCGGCACUUUUAGAUUGUGUUACGCGGAUUGUAACGAUUUCGUCACUUAAUAUAUGACGUAUGUUAAUAUAUGACGUCACAGUAUAAUCUUGGUAGAUCAAGCAUCAGAUAAAAACAGGCAAGUUACUGCCCGGAGUUACUGCAUCUUUCUCGCUACUGAAAUUAACUUUGUGAUACCCAUUUAUAUACAAGAAGGACAAGUAUCAUACCCAUUUUGAUACUGAUACUUUCAAAUCUAUAUGUAUUUAUAUACAAGCAAGUUUCUGAUUUCAAUACCCAUAUCAAUACUUAGAUGCUCAAAACCAUACCCAUACCGAUAAUUUUAGUCGAAAAACACACCCCAUAAAAUCGGCACACCCUUAUACACCUGUAUAUAGGAAGUUAACCCCCCCCCCGGGAAUUUAGAUUUCAAGGAAAUGAGCUAGAAAUUGUAAAUAAAUUUACAUAUCUUGGAAUAUUAUUCACAACGGGUGGAUCCUUUUCAGCAACAUAUGAUGCGCUUUCAGGACAGGCCCUUAAAGCAAAAUAAGUUAAAAACAAGUUAAAAUAAAAUUUACAAAUAUCUCAGCUAGACAUAGUCUCGAAUAAUUCGAUGAGCUUAUUGAACCAGUUUUAAGUUAUGGUUGUGAAGUUUGGGGAUUAAGCAAUAGCAUCCAAAGUGAAAGAAUACACCUACGUUAUUUCAAACAGGUACUUGAUGUCCGAUCUCAAACACAAAAUUAUUUCAUUUUCGGAGAACUUGGGCGUAAACCCCAAAUAAAUAAACAAAUCGUGUAUGUUUUAAAAUAUUGGUCAAAAAUACAAAUGUAUUACAAUCUGAUAAUGUUAAAUAUAUUAAAAUUGUUUAUGAUAUGUUA